AUGGCCGAACCACAACCUUCCAGGAUCCAAGAGGGCGACCAAGCUCCUGCCGCUAUCCCUGGCAGCAACAAGUCUGAGACGGCAGCUUUAAACUCUUUGGACAAUCAAUCCGCAGACUUGAAAACCACCAACACAGCUUCGACUGCAGCACUAGGAAAAGCGAUGAAGAACUUGAGCAUUGCGAGUGAGGACAAGGCAGAGGUCAAAAACGUCAAGGUCGAGAUGGCAGAUGUGGUACUAUUGGCUGAGAAUCUGGACGUCUCGAGGGCCAGAGCUACGGAACUGCUAAAGGCCAAUGAUGCGGAUCCAGUCAAGGCAAUGCGGGCAUGGAUCGCGGCGUAA